CCUACUUCAAAUAGCUAUGGAGUAAAGCUUCUCCCUUUUUAUUUCUCUCAGACAAGACAGAGAAACAAGACUCUCUCUUACAACAAAAAAAAAAACAACAACAAUACCUUCUUCAGAAAGUUCUGUAAGAGAGAGAGAGAGAAAGAAAAAGAGUGGAUUCCAAAGUCAAACUCUUUGACCGCCAUUGAUGCAUCUUACUUCGCCGUGAUACGCUCACUUCAAGACAAAACCAAAAAAAAAAAUCAAAUCUUUAUCUCAAAGUCUCUCUCUUUCUCUCUCUCCUCAAAAGGGCUUCCUUUAGAUUCCACCGUUUAUGGAUCUGACCGGAGCUGGACCGUGCCGGGAACCGCCGGGUCUCGAAUCACUUCAUCUCGGCGGCGGCGGCGGCGACGGUGGAUUCACGGCGUUGCUUGAGCUUCCACCGACACAAGCAGUUGAGCUUCUUCAUUUCACUGACCCUUCUCCUCAAGCUCCGGCGGCGGCCGUCGCCGGAAUCGGUUUAGACGUCUCUCCACCGCCGCCGCAGCUUCUUCACGGUUACGGAGCAUUGACGUUUCCUUCUAACUCAGCUCUCUUGGAGCGAGCAGCUCGGUUCUCUGUGAUUGCUAACGGAAACGUCUCCGGUGAGACUACGACGACGACGACGAGCUCGGAGAGAGUCAAGACCGAGCCGUGUGAGACGGAUUCAUCUCAGCGUUUGAGCCCUCCGAACAAUCGAUGUGGCAAGAGGAAAGAAGUCGACAAGAAGGUGAAAAGCUCGGCGAAGAAGAAGAGCAAAAGCUCUGAAGAGAAUGAGAAGCUGCCUUAUGUUCAUGUUAGAGCUCGGCGUGGUCAAGCAACAGAUAGUCAUAGCUUAGCAGAACGAGCAAGAAGGGAGAAGAUUAAUGCAAGAAUGAAGUUGCUACAGGAACUGGUCCCAGGCUGUGAUAAGAUUCAAGGUACUGCGUUGGUGCUAGAUGAAAUAAUUAACCAUGUCCAAUCUUUACAACGUCAAGUGGAGAUGCUAUCAAUGAGACUUGCUGCAGUAAACCCAAGAAUCGACUUUAAUCUUGACACCAUAUUGGCUUCAGAAAAUGGUUCUUUAAUGGAUGGGAGCUUUAAUGGUACAGCAAUGCAUCUUCCUUGGCCUCAUCAAGUCACUGAGACUGAACAAUCAUUUCAUCACCGGCAACUGCAACAACCACCACCACCGCAACAACAAUGGCCUUAUGAUGGCUUGAGCCAGCCGGCUUGGGGAAGAGAAGAAGAUCAAAGUCAUGGCAAUGAACACAACAGUUUAAUGGUUGGUUCUGAAAAUUUGAUGGUGGGUUCUUCUAGUUUGCACCCAAACCAAGUCAAAAUGGAGAUGUGAGUUUGGUGAGAGAAAGCAGUAGAUUAUGAAUGUGUAUAUAUAAGCUUUUCUCACUCUCCAUAUAUAUAAAAAUUAUAGAUAUAUAUAUAAGAAUUAGCUACCUGUUGAGAAGCUAUAUCAGUUAUUCGAUUCAGAGAGACAAAACUGGUAUAUGAUUAUUCUUAUUUUUUUUGUACCAGAUUUCCACAAUGUAGUCAUUUAGAAUAUGUAUGUGCUACUUCAAACAAGAGUGUUAUUAUUACAGUCUGAGAUUCAGAUGAGAAGAAAC